AUGCCUCGAGAUCCGCUGAUCGGGCUGGUGGGAAAGCCGUCAAGUGGAAAGUCCACAACAUUGAACAGUUUGACCGACGCGACUUCAAAAGUUGGAAACUUCCCCUUCACAACCAUUGACCCCCAGCGAGCCAUCGGAUAUCUCCAAAUUGAAUGCCCAUGCGUGCGACACAAUGUUUCAGACCGGUGCCAGCCCAACUAUGGCGGUUGUCACGAAGGGCGACGUUCCGUCCCCAUAGAAUUGCUAGACGUUGCCGGUCUUGUGCCAGGUGCGCAUCAGGGUCGCGGACUCGGCAACAAGUUCUUGGACGAUCUGCGUCAUGCCGAUGCUCUCAUUCAUGUGGUGGACGUGAGUGGAACCACGGAUGCUGAAGGCAAAGCUACUCGAGGAUACGAUCCGUCGGUGGAUAUUGAGUGGCUGCGAUCAGAGAUCGUGCGCUGGGUGCAAGGAAACUUGAUGGAGAAGUGGGGAUCGAUUAAGCGGAGACACGUUGCUAUCAAGUCAAACGCCGUGGACACAUUACAAAAACAGUUCGCUGGUUACGGAAGUACGUCGCAGACAGUUGCGCGGUGUCUCGACAAGACUGGCAUUAAGGAACCUUUGGAAGAGUGGUCAGAUGAAACGGUAGAAGUCGUUGUCAAUGCCUUUAUUGACGAGAAAUUCCCCACGGUGUUUGCCUUGAACAAGAUCGACCACCCCGAUGCAGACAAGAAUAUCAGCAAAAUUGCCAAGAUGCAAGAUCCCCAAAGCAUUGUGCUUUGCUCCGCUAUAUCCGAAGUCUUUCUCCGCAGACUGGCAAAGCAGGAUUAUAUCAAAUAUAUUGAAGGGAGUGAGUUUGUGGACACAAGAGAAGAUUUGAUUGAAAUGGGUGAGCCAGAUGGUGGUGGUCUCAAAGAGAUGGACGAGAAAUUGAAAACCCGGGUUGAGAAUCUGAAAGAUAUGGUGCUGUACAGAUUUGGAUCUACUGGAGUUGUCCAGUGUCUUUCUCGAGCAGCAGCGCUCCUGGGUCUCGUACCAGUGUUCCCAGUUCGGAACGUCCAAACGUUUAGCUCUGGAAAUGGAACAGCCGUAUUCCGUGACUGCGUUCUAGUCAAGAAUACAGUUGGUGAUGUUGCCCGCAAGGUGAUGGGUGAUGUGCCUAUCAACUACGUUGAAGGAGUUGGCGGAACCAGAGUCUCCGAGGAGGAUAUCGUCGCAGUUGGGAAACACGACAUUCUCUCAUUCAAGGUUGGUCGGUAG